AUAACCUAAACCAAUAUGGUUGACCAAUGAUGAUGAUGAUGACCCCAUUCUGAAAUAGUUUAUCUGACACAUUUGCUGUUUCCCUGUACGUGUACAUGUAGGACUUGCUGGAUGGCAUCAAAAAGAUUACCUUCCUGAAUGGAAUGGGCACACUUACCGGUCGAGCACUGACACAGGUUCACCAGGACUUCACCACAGCUAAUGGGGCACGAGCCGGUGUGCAGAAAGUGAUCAUCCUCAUUACUGAUGGCCAGGCCAGUGAUAUUGUUCAUCUGCCGUCAGAGAACAUCAGGAAGCAAGGUGUGCUCAUCUCUGCUGUAGGGGUGGCCAACUACAACCUGCAGCAGCUCAAUGACAUUGCCUCAGGAGGCAAGUUUGUGGCCACAGUGGAGCAGUUUGAUGCUAUGGACAGCAUCAGGGAUAAAGUGUUGGACGCCGUCUGCCAAGCCCAACAGAAACGUGGCCAAGAUAUCAAGCAAGAGAUCAACAAUGGCCUGCAGUACCUGAAGCGCAUGUUGGGGGCGCUGGAGGAUGAGCUGGAGCAAGAAACCAAGAAAUGA